ACCUUUUUGGUGUAUAGCUGUGUGUUAAUGUUUGCUGGCUUCCCACUCUCUCUUCUUCUUUCUUGUUAACUUAAACUCUUUUCUGUCACAUUCAUUGUCUUUCUUAACUUACUCUCUCUCUCUCUCUCUCUAUUUCUAUGCUAUCCUCAAAGUACAAAUCAAAAGACAUGAUCUGAAUGUAAUAUUACUACUUACCAACUUCAUCUUCUUCACAACAAGACAAAGAGUGAAACACAGAAGCAGAAGUUUGUUAUAAAAGUAAAAGGGAUAAAGAGGAGAAUUCUUUUGAUCCACUUUUAGCCAGGUAUCUGAGCUGUUUUUCUUCGUGACUAUUGGAUGUUUGCUUCACAGCUUUUGAGAAUUCUCCAGUCUCUGCCAGCUGAUGUAAACCAUGAAAGCCGAUAAUCCUCUGUUUUGUGAUUCAACACUAGUCUCUGUGCAUGAUUCUAAAACAUUUGAAUGCAACAACAGCGUCUUUGACGACACAGCUGAAGAGAAGCCUACAAUGAAGGAAAAUCAGAAUGGUAUAUUAAAUCAUUCAAAUGGCUACAAGGAGGAAGAUUCUUUAGGUUUUCCUGCAAAUGACUUUGCAAAUUCAAAUGUCCAUGACAAUAUCGAAGAUCCUUUGGCAUGCGACAGCGAAGAUGGGAAUGAAUUCUGGAAAGUUCCUGAACUUGAUCACUCUAUAUUUUUUGACAACAACAAUGAAAUUAGGGCUUCAAAUGUGAGCGACGAUCAAAAUGUAGACAUGUCCAAGAUAAUCGGUGACAAGAGAAGUGGAAAUCCUUUUGCCUGUGAUAUUCCCUCAAGUGAAACAAAUGAAAUUGAUUCUGCAAGUGUGAUGGAUGAUCAAAACGGAGGCUUGUCAAAUAUCAUCAAUAGCAAGAGAGGUGGAAAUCCAUUUGAAUGUGAUACAAAAGAUAGAGAUCAGCCAUGGAAUAUUCCAGAAUAUAGCUCCAUGAUUGUUGAUUUCCUUGAUGACAAAGAAACUGAAGCCAUCGACUCUGAUUCACCUUUUACCUCUCACUUGGAGCUGUUUGAGAAUAACACACAUUUAUAUUCUGAUAAAGGUGUCACUGAUCAUGAUCUGCCUGAAUUGUCAGUUUGCUACAGAGAGAAUAACUUUAACAUUGUUAAAGAUAUAUGCAUGGACGAGGGUGUACCUGCAGUGGAUAAAGUUCUAACUGAAAGCUGGAAAGAUGAUCUACUUAGCACGUCUGUUUCUGUUGCUGCUGAUGAAGAACAGCAGAGCAACACAAGGGAAAGCAUCGAUAUGGGGUCCGUCCCUGCAUCUGUAUCGAAAGAUUCAUCUUUUGAAGUUGCCAAGAACAUUGCCGUGACUCAUGAUACAGAAAAAGAAGUUGCUGGAGCACUUGUUCCAAAUGGUUUCAAACCUUCCCUAGAGAAUAAUGCCAACAAAGAUGCUGACAAGGAUUCUUAUCUGGAGGAUUUGAUGAUGAUUUUUGGUUCAAAAUGUACUACAAAUGGGAAAGCUACUAAUGCAUCAGAAAAACCAUCAUCUCCUAAUAACGCUGUUCCUUUGGAAGAGUCCAAUAUAAAGAAUUCUCAAAGAGCUAACUCUGAUGGCGAUCAAUCUGCACCGCAACUUGAUCAGAUGUCUUUUGAGCAAGCAACUUUGAAAAGCCAAACUGCAGUUUCUGCAGCUGAUGAGACAAACAACAAGGGUUCAGCUUCCCACUUAUUUAACAAUAGCAAAGAGGGAGCUGGAGCUAGUAUUUUUGACGUCAACCUUCCCAAGCCAGAAUCAACAAAAAGCAUGGAGGAUGGUGUUGAAAAGUUGCCUGAAGAUUCUCUCAAGUCAAAGGUCAUCUCCGUUCACAAGGAUGGGAAUUUGGAUGAUGUUUCAGCUGCUAGUCAAGUUCAUUCUGCUAAAAGCGUGGACAGUACAGCUGGCAAUGUGCCCGAAAAGUCCCUUGAAUCCCAAACUGUGACUAAUCUUGAAGAUAAACUCGCUGGUAAUUUCCCACCAGGCAGCCAAGGUCAUUUUGUUGAUGGAGAAGAAAGUUUUGCUGAUGGAGAGGCAAGUUUUGCUGCAAUUCCUGCAUCAGGUUCUAUUACUUACUCAGGGCCUAUAGCAUAUUCUGGGAGCGUCUCUCUCCGAUCCGAUUGCAGCACUACCAGUGCCAGAUCAUUUGCCUUCCCAGUCUUACAAAAUGAAUGGAAUAGCAGUCCAGUAAGAAUGGCAAAGGCAGAACGGAGGCGUUUACGGAAACAAAAGGGUUGGAGGCAGGGCCUUCUGUGUUGUAGAUUCUAAAUUCUUAUUCUUUUUCAAUUUAUAAGGUUUUUAGUUAAAGAAUAUACAUAACCAGACCUUAAAUCUUGAACCUUUGGAGUAUGGUAAGUAUACAUGUUGAUAUUCACUUAGGGGUGGCAAUGCUAUUCUUGGUAGGAUUUAAAGGGCUUUGAGUUUGUUUUAUUAAAGACAUGGAGGCUGAUGAUGUAAACCCUUUUGUUACAUUUUUGUUCUCCUUAUAAAAUCUGUCCUAUAUACUCAUGUUUAAUGCCCCUUGUU